AUGGCCUGCCCAUAUGAGACAUCUGUUCCUUGUAUUGUUUGCCACCUGGUUGCUAAUGGUGAUCUUGUAAGCCCAGCAGUGCGUCUUUUCAUCCCAAGGAAAGCACUAAAUCAGUGGGAUCGGGUUCUUGAAAUGGUUACUGAGAAAGUUACACUCAGAAGUGGAGCUGUACACAGGUUGGUUACUGUGAUUUACGGUAACAAGACUCCAUUAAUCAAAAUUCCAGUCAAGACUGUUAAUUCUGAUAAAGACAAAACUCUGGGCUUUGGUCUGCAUCAUAGCACAGAUGGGACACUGGUCACUCUUAUGGAUGACCUGCUAAAGAAGCAUGAUAGGAGUAACUUGUACCCAGUUGUGCUCCUAAAAAUCGCAGUGGCCAGGUACAAUUUUGAAGAAGAAACAGCUUCAAGUUACCUUUUCAUUAUUAAUGGUGGUAUGAUUAUAAUGCAAAAGAUAACGAAUGAGAUAUCAUUUAGAUGCAAUGCAAUCAUUUCACCACACAGUGUCACAAAAUUGACACGGCUUCUUUCCACUUCAGAUGACGGUGUUUACAAAGCUGGAAAAAAGCGAUCUGAAAUGCGAGGGGCAGCAGAAGUCCAAGAAGAUGAAGACACUCAAAUUGAGGUCCCUGUAGACCAGCGACCAGCAGAAACUGUGGAUGAGGAAGAAAAUGUAUCACCAGAACAUAAAGCUUUAAAAAAAAGAGAAUAUGCAACGAUGAAUGGAGAAAAUGGAGAGGCUAUUAAUGGAAUGGAGGAAGGCAAAGAGAAACAGAAUGACCAUUAUCAAGAUGAAUUACAAGGGCAGAACCUUGACCAAGCAGGACAAGAGGCUAAUGGCCACAUGCAUGGUAGCACAAAUGAAGAAAAUGGUGAGGAAAUGGAUCCCAAUAGUCAUCCAGAAGAAACAAAAGAAGGUAUUGAUGAUCAAAUCCAGGUUGAUUCCAAUGGGGUUUAUGAAAAAGUCCCAGCUCCAAGAGUCACCAUCACCAGUCCACAAGAAAGUGAGAAGAAUGAACAAACCAAUGACUAUGCAGCCGUGGCAUAGGAAUAUUUUAGAAGACAUAUAUUCUCAGAAAAUGAAGAAUUUUAUGUUUGGAACAAAGGGUGUCAUUUUCCACAUUUGGUUAAUUUAUGGUAUAAUAAUAUGAUGGAACUUUUUUUACCCAUUGUGCCUUGACAUGAAAAGAAUAUUCAGACACAACUUCAUUAAAGGGAUGUCCAUUAAAAGGAAGUUUAAAUUAUAAAUGCCGACACAAGAUACCAAAUUUUAAGGGAAUAUAUUAAUGAAUAGGGUCAUUAUGGAAGAUGAAAUAUUAAAACAUUAGCCCUAGGUAAGUUCACAAGAAAGAGAUUAAAAAAAACAGGUGAAUGAGCUAAAUGAUAUUUUUGUGUUUUUUUUUAAAAAAAGACUUUAAAGCUUUUUAAGAUGAAUACAUAUUUAUAUAAGCUGCAGUGUAUUCAAAAAAUUUACAUUACUACUAGGGGUAUGACUCUUUGUGAUAAGGUGAAUGUGGCUAGGACUACAUUAGACUUGAUCCUUAACCUUAACUGACUUCUACUAUAUUUAAGAGCUUUUUCUAUUAGAUUCAUUUUAUAUUUACAUGUGGAUCUGCUCUCCCCACUGAAAGGAAUGGGAAACCACUGCAUGUAUAAGAUAGCAGCAUAUACUGAUUGGAACCCUCAUGCCUGGAAUGAAUUGCUGAAUCAGUGGACAGAAUGUGGUCACAAAACAAAGAAGGUUUAUUAGAUCAAUUAACUAUAGAAAUCCUGCUGCAUGCACAUUAAUUGAUAUAUCCUGCAUGCAGUUACAUUAUUGUGAAUUUUGAUGAUUGGCUGCUGAUUGGAUUUUGAAAGUAAGUACAUUCAUAAAUUCAUCCAACAUUAUUUUGUUCUGUGCAGCAGAGGUUGGUUGCACCCGGUUCGGCCCGGAUCAGGUGAGCUGGUAGUGGUGGCAGCGGGAGGCUCCGCCCAUCUGGAUGCUUCUGCGCAUGCACAGAAGCGUCGCGCACGUGUGCAAGCGUGCAUGCCAGCACGAGCAAACAGGUAGCGCCAGGAUUUGCAACCCACCUCUGCUGUGCAGGUUAUGCUAGUUUAAGUCAAAUAUUCCUUCAAGUCAAAAGAUUCUUCUAAUUGUUCCCAUCAGGAGCAAUCUGAAUAAUCACGGCGAGUUGCUAUAUAAACUUACCGCUUAUGUCCACUUUUUUAAACCCAGGACACAUAACCAAUCACAAUAUUAUGGUUUGAUAAUUUUUUUUAAAAAACCCUAUUAUUUUCAAAAUUAACUCCAACUGGCAAAUCAUGUUCCCUUUGUCUUAAAGUUCAGUUUAUGAAAAACUGAUAUUUUCAAAUACUGAAAAACUAUUGAUAGUUUGUAUAUAUCUCCAUUUAUGCUGGACUCUCAGACUCCAGAAAGAGGCUUAGUUUUAAACUGUUAUAGGAGUUAAUGCUCACUAGGGUCAUAUGUUUGUUUUAUGUGAGAUCUGUAAUUACUUCUAAAUUUUGCUGAUAGCCCUUGUUCAAGCCAUUUGUAUUAUAUAGGUUGAAUCUUUAUUCUAAGUUGAUAUGUUUAGCUUGUUUUUUUACAAAUAAUUUGACCACCUUAAAAUAUCUUUGUUGUUAUUAUAUAUGAAUAACUGAACAUGUUUUAACAUGUAAUCCUGAGGCUGACCUACAGACAGCUAGUCCGAAUUUUUGUCUACCCUAUUCUAAUAACAGUAUCCAUAUUGAUGCUAUAGUUAGCCACUGACAUUUGCUAACUAUGCAGAUAGCAUAGCUAGCUAAUGCCAUUUUAAUCAGAAGGAUUGUAACUCAAUUCAAAAAGUGACCCUCCCAGUUCAAUUAGUGUUCCUAGAAAUUAAUUUAUCUCUAAGCUGAUGUGACACUGAAUAAAUGCUGUCUGUAGACCCUCAACCCUCUGUUUUCAGUGAUAGAAGUAAUAGCGAGAGAUUGAUUUGUGGCCACCGAACACAUUUUUACUCAUUAUAUACUGAUGUUUCAAAUAUGGUUAAUUGGCCUUUGAAAAUAAUUCUUGUCCUAUCAGAUCCUGGAUCCAUUUAUGUACUCGUUUUAAAACUGCUUUGGUUGUUUGUACAAAAGAUGGAUAAAUGGAUGCAGCUUAUUAAAACAUCAAUAUUUUUUAAAAGAAUAUAUUUUAAAGAAAAUAUACUUUUGGAAGCAAAUAUAUAUAUAUAGUAUAUAUUGAUUUGUCAAACAUAUUUAAUGAAAGCAUUAUAAAUAAAAUUAUAUGCCCUGAUUCUA